AAACAUGGCGUCAGGGCAGACACGCAAGAUGCUGGCGCUCACUCGCUGUGCCAUAUAUCUGUUAUUAUUACUCGUUCCUGGCGCGAUCUCCUCCACGCUUCGACUUCACCAUGACCAGAGAUUCAUGCCACCACAGGACAGGGGUUUCUUCCUAGUGCGUGCACACCUGGAGCAUGCAGAAAGUCGCGUCGUGCGUCUAGAGAGAGAAGUCAGGGAGGCUUCAUCAUCCGCGCACCAGCAUCGCGUUCGGCGGAAUGCUGCUGGAUCACCCGUGCCAAAGGUUUAUGGAAGGGCCAACCUGAAUGACUCUCAUAAUCAAAUGGUCGUCCAUUGGGCCGGGGAGAAGAGCAACGUCAUAGUAGCGUUAGCGAGAGACAGCGCCGGUGCCACAGAUCCCAAGACCAGCUCUGUGUACGUGUCUUAUGACUAUGGAACCACCUUCACCCAGGUAUCAGAGAAAUUUAAACUGUCUGGGGACCAGAAGGGCAAGAAACAGGUCAUAUCGCAGUUUUACCACAGCCCCGCUGACAACAAACGAUAUCUAUUUACUGACACCACGAACAGUUACCUGUGGAACACCUUUGACUUCUGCAAUACUGUUCAGGGUUUCUCCAUCCCAUUCAAAUCCACAGACUUACUGCUGCACAGUAAGAGGCCUAACCUGGUCCUCGGUUAUGACAGUUCUCAUCCCAAUAAACAGCUGUGGAAAUCAGAUGACUUUGGUGAGACGUGGGUGUUAAUACAGGAGCAUGUGAAGUCCUACUUCUGGGGUGUAGAGCCAUACGACAAUCCCACCACAGUGUUUGUCCAGCGCCACGAGCCCCAGGGAGACUCCAGCAUCCUCAGCAGCACGGACUUCUUCCAGGACGAGCAAAACCGCCAAGUUAUCCUGGAGAAGGUGGACAGCUUCCAGCUACGGGACAAGUACAUGUUUGCCACUACCACCAGGACGUUGUUUGGGAGCCCUGAGUCUCAGUCUGUCCAGCUGUGGGUUUCCUACAACCGGCAGCCAAUGAGAGCAGCUCAGUUUAACACCCGCCACCCCAUCACGGAGUACUACAUAGCAGAUGCUUCGGAGGACCAGGUGUUCGUAUGCGUGAACCACAAUAAUAACGUUACACACCUGUACAUCUCUGACACACAGGGCCUGGCCUUCUCACUGUCCCUAGAGAACGUGUUGUACUUCAGCCCUGAUGGCUCCGGAAGCAACACGCUUAUCAGGUACUUUGCCAACGAGCCGUUUGCAGAUCUCCACCGGGUCGAGGGGCUGAGGGGUGUGUUUGUGGCCACUCUGAUCAAUGGAUCAGUCACUGAGGACAACAUGCGAUCAGUCAUCACAUUUGAUAAAGGAGGAACCUGGGAGCUUCUGCAGCCACCUGCGGCUGACAGCCUGGGAGGAACCAUAGACUGCCAGCUGGACAGUGGCUGUUCCCUGCACUUGGCCCAGCGGUGGAGUCAGCUGCUGAAUAUUCAGCUGCGCAGGAUCCCUAUUCUGUCUAAAGAGUCUGCACCUGGCCUCAUCAUGGCAACAGGCCCCUUCAGAGGACACAGUUCACACUGUAAUGAUAAGGAGCAAGUGCAUGAGCCCGACUUCAUGAGUUCACGCAUGGCGGAAAACAUUGAUUUUGCUCUCUUUGCCCUGGCUGGUCCUCAUUUCUACACCUGGGGAGAUCAUGGAGGGAUCUUGAUGGCUAUCGCACAGGGUGGCUCCACAAGAACACUCAAGUUCAGUACUAACGAGGGGGAAACCUGGAAAGAGUUACAGUUCUCAGAGCAGGAGGUAUAUGUGUACCAACUGCUGACUGAACCGGGUGAAAAGAGCACCAUCUUCACCAUCUUUGGCUCUUACGCGGAUCAGAAACACAGCUGGCUCAUUGUGCAGGUCAACGCUAGUGAUGUGCUUGGUGUGCCGUGCUCGGAGGGCGACUAUAAACACUGGUCUCCUUCUGACGAAAUGGGUAAUGGCUGUCUGCUCGGCAGAGAGAUGGUGUACAAGCGGCGCUCUCCUCACGCCACCUGCUUCAACGGCGAGGACUUCGACAGGCCUGUCACUCUAUCCAAUUGCUCCUGCACUCGACAGGACUAUGAGUGUGAUUAUGGGUUUAAGCUGAGUGAGGAUCUGUCUCUUGAGGUGUGCAUGCCUGAUCCUGAGUUUUCUGGAAACCUUUAUGCCCCACCAGUACCCUGUCCGGUGGGCACCACUUACCGCCGCAGCAAUGGGUACAGGAAGGUUUCUGGAGACAGCUGCAGUGGGGGAGACGUUGAAGCUCGGCUGGAUGGAGAAAUGCUGCCCUGUCCUGUGGGAGAGAGUAAUGAGUUUAUCCUGUAUGCGGUGAGGAGCUCCAUCCACCGCUAUGACCUGGCCUCAGGUACAGACCAGCCGCUUCCACUCUCGGGUCUCCAUGAGGCCGUGGCUCUGGAUUUUGAUUAUGAGAAGAACUGCCUAUACUGGGCUGAUAUUUCACUGGACACCAUAGAGAGACUGUGUUUGAAUGGAAGCUCUGGACAGGAAGUGAUUGUCAAAAAGGACCUACAAAACGUGGAGGCGCUCUCAUUUGACCCCAUCAGCAGGUUGCUGUAUUGGGUGGAUGCUGGUGCUCAGAAAAUCGAGGUGUCCAACUCUGAUGGAGACCUGAGACGCACUCUGGUCAAUUCUUCAGUGGUGGAGCAGCCUCGAGCCCUGACGCUCAUGCCAGGAGAGAGCUUGAUGUUUUGGACAGACUGGGGCGAUCGCGCAGCAGGCAUCUACCGCAGCUGGAUGGACGGUUCCAACAUCUCCUGCAUUGUGUCUGAGGCAGUUCGCUGGCCCAACGGCAUAACGGCCGAUGAAUCAUGGCUGUACUGGACGGAGGCGUAUGGAGACCGCAUUGAAAGAGCAGACUUUAAUGGAGGCCGCCGUACUGUGAUAAUGGAGGGCCUGCCUCAUCCUUAUGCUAUUGCUGUUUUUAAGAAUGACCUGUACUGGGAUGACUGGUUUAGAAUGGGAAUCUUCAAAGCACCUAAAUCAGGCUCACCAGACAUUGAGAUGCUAGUGGGCAGACUGACAGGAGUGAUGGAUCUCAAGAUUUUCUACAAGGGAAAAAACAGAGGUCAGAAUGCUUGUGUGGAUCAGCCAUGCAGUCUUCUGUGUCUUCCCCAGCCUGGAAACAAGCAUCACUGUGUUUGCCCUGAUGGAGUUUCCACCACCAUCCUACCCUCAGGAGAGCAUCAGUGUCAGUGUCCCAGUGGAUACCAGCUCCGCAAUAAUACAUGCGUUAAAACAGAACACACCUGCCUGCCAAACCAGCACCGCUGCGCUAAUGGGAAAUGCAUCAGCAGCAUCUGGAAGUGUGACAGUGACAACGACUGCGGCGACAUGAGUGAUGAACAGGAUUGCCCCACCACUUCCUGUGACCCUGCGGUCCAGUUCCGUUGCGUGGCCUCAGGUUCCUGCAUUCCACUGGCCUUCAAGUGUGACCAUGAGGAUGACUGUGGUGAUAACAGCGACGAGGAGCAUUGUGAGUCUCACAAGUGUGGCCCAGGAGAGUUCACCUGUGCAAGAGGUGUGUGUAUUCGGGACGCAUGGCGCUGCGAUGGGGACAACGACUGCAGGGACUGGUCAGACGAGACCAACUGUACUGUGGGUCACCACACGUGCGAGAGCAGUAGUUUCCAGUGUCACACGGGUCACUGCAUUCCUCAGCGCUGGGUGUGUGAUGGAGAUGACGACUGCCAGGAUGGCUCCGACGAGGACCCUACCCAGUGUGGUAGAGAAAAGUGCAACGGCUUCUUGUGCUCUAAUGGCACCUGUCUGCCCGCUAGUGCUCACUGCAAUGGUGUGGAGGACUGUCCAGGAGGCGCUGAUGAGCAAAACUGCGGUCCACUCUGUGCACACUAUAUGGAGUUUGUGUGCAGAAACCGAGCACAGUGUCUGUUCCAGUCUCUGGUGUGUGAUGGUACCCGGCACUGCACCGAUGGAUCUGACGAGGACCCGACGUAUGCUGGCUGCUCAACGAACCCUGAGUUUGAGAAAACAUGUGAUGGCUACAGCUUCCAGUGUUCCAAUGGAAUGUGUGUGACCCUGGAGUGGAAGUGUGACGGCAUGGACGACUGUGGCGACUACUCUGAUGAGGCCAACUGUGCGUCUCCGACCGAUGAGCCAGGCUGCUCGCAUUACUUUCAGUAUGAGUGUAAGAACGGCCGUUGUGUGCCCGCCUGGUGGAAGUGUGAUGGGGAAAAUGACUGCGGUGACUGGUCUGAUGAAUCUCAAUGCUCAGGUGGGGGAGCUCCUCACACACCUGCUCCGGGUCCAGCUACCUGUGCUCCUAAUCGUUUCCGCUGUGGUUCUGGCGCGUGUAUUGUGAACACCUGGGUCUGCGAUGGCUACGCUGAUUGUCCUGAUGGCAGCGAUGAAGUGGGCUGUCCCACAGUCAAAGGCUCAGUGACUCCAGUGGCAACUCUUCCUCCAUCGGGCCGCUGUACUAAAGAUCAGUUCCUGUGCCUGAAACCUCCAGUCUGUAUUGCUGAUUGGAAGCGCUGUGAUGGACAUCCUCACUGCCAGGAUGGGUCUGAUGAGGACAACUGUCCCACUCAUGGUCCGUUGCUCUGUGUGAAUGGUACUCUCUGUGCGGACGGCGAGGCCUGUGUGCUGAACAGCGAGAGGUGUGAUGGCUUCAUAGACUGUUCUGACCGAAGUGACGAGGACAACUGCACUGUGGAUUUGCUGGUCUACAAGAUUCAAAAUCUACAGUGGAGCGCCAACUUUUCUGGUGCUGUGACGCUUACCUGGUCAAGGCCCAAAAAUAUGCCUGCAUCCACCUGCUCUUUUGUCAUCUACUUCAGGCAGGUGGGUGUCCAGCAGUGGACGUCCAUGGACACAAACAGCAAUAAGGGCAUUGCCGUUCUGACCGUGUUGAUGCCGGACACCACCUACCAGGUAAAGGUUCAGACUCAGUGUCUCAGCAAACAGCACAGGACCAAUGAAGUUCUCACACUACGCACACCAGAAGGAUUACCGGACCCUCCGCAGAAUCUGCAGCUGAGCUCUGACAACGCUGAAGACGGGACAGUACUGUGUUCCUGGAACCCUCCUGAUAAAGCACAUGGACUCAUCAGGGAGUAUAUUGUGGAGUACAGUGAAAAGGACAGCGCGGAGUGGUUUUCCCAGCGUAGCACCAGCACUAAUGCAGAAGUGAAGAACCUGCAGCCCAGCUCGCUCUACAGAUUCAGGGUGGCUGCUGUCACAAGCAGAGGCGUGGGAAACUGGACAGAAAUUAAAUCCAUUAUUCCUCAAAAAGCUCUCUCUCCUCCUGCUGUUGAGAUCACCAGCAUCACAGAAGACUCCAUGAUUUUGUCCAUCACCAGUGAUUAUAAAGUCCAGGUGAAGCACUAUGUAGUUAUCAUUUCGUGGGUAUUUGAUGAACAUGUGAAGGAGAGCUGGAAUUACACGGUUUCUGGUACAUUGAAAGCCUCUAACCUGACAGCAGGGACGGUGUAUGAGGUGGCGGUGUGGGCUCACACAGAUGAUGGAGACAGUCCUACUGCUCUGUUCCGCAAGCAGACCAAAGGCACCAGACCUGCCCAGCCAUCACUGAAGGCCCGGGCGCUCAACCAGACCGCUGUAGAGUGCAACUGGACCGGCCCUCAAGCUGAGAUGUAUGGAGUGUUCUACGCCACAUCCUUCCUGGAUCUGUACCGCAGACCUCACAGGGUGAACACCACCUCCACCAGUCUGAUUGUGAUCAUUGACAGCGACAAGCAGUACCUCUUCCUGGUGAGGGUGAUUACUCCAUACCUCGGGCCUCCAUCGGACUACGCCGCAGUGAAGAUGAUCCCCAACGAGCGACUUCCACCUCGAAAUCUGCACAAGGUGCAAGUGGAUAAGACACAGGCCACUCUGAAGUGGCAGCCGCCAUACGAUUCUCCCAGCAGUCCUUUGACAUAUGCAGUGCACGUGAGAGAUACAGUUCGUAAAACGGAGCAGGACUAUAAGGUGACAACUCAAAACAACACAGUGGAGUACACGCUGAAGGGCCUGGAGCCUGGAGGACGCUACAGCAUCACCAUCAGGCUGCUCAACAUGAGCAAAGAGGCCAGCUACACACUCAACACAGUUCCUCUGCCUGCGCCUGAGGCCCUCAAGAUCUUAGAAGAACAGGAUCAUGUGUUUCUCUUCUGGAAGAGUGUGGCUGUGAAGGACCGGACCUUCAAUGAGAGCAGGGGCUAUGAGGUGUAUAUGCAUGACAGUGUCACCAACUCAACAAAAUGUCUGGGUAACACAACAGAGACGUUCUUCAGGAUCAGCAACCUGAUGGUGGGGCAUAACUACACGUUCUCAGUGCGGGCGCGCUGCCUGCUCAACAACCAAUUGUGUGGAGAGGCGGCAGUGCUGUUAUAUGAUGAACUGGGCAAAGCAGCAGGGCCAAAUGAUGCCUCAUCUCAGUCAGGUACAUCAGAAGACAUGGCGGCGGUGGUGGUUCCAGUGUUGUUCCUGCUGUUGGUGGGUGUGUGUGGAGGCCUGGUGGUGCUUUACCUCAGACACCGUCGGCUACAGCACAGCUUCACCGCUUUCACUAACAGCCACUACAACUCUCGUCUGGGCUCUGCCAUUUUCUCCUCAGGAGAUGAGCUGGGUGACGAUGAUGAAGACGCUCCAAUGAUCAGUGGCUUUUCAGAUGACGUUCCCAUGGUGAUUGCAUAGCUGGACAACUCUUUCUCUCCUCCUCCUUCACUUCCCACUCCACUUCCUCAUCAUGUUUUAUUACGUGCCCUCUUUACCCCCCGUCACUUAGAAAACGCUGGAUUUGGGUUUCUGGACCCUGAAGAAGAAAAGAAAGCAUGGAGCGAAACAGAUAUUUUUGAAUAUAAGAUGCACUUUUUUUGGAUGCGCAAUAACUUAUUUUUUAUAAAUAAUAUAUGUGGGUAUUGGACUUUGUAGGCAUUAACUGAAGCAAACUGUGAAGGAGUUUGUCAGCUGAUCAGCAGACUCACUGAACAGGGAAAAGACCCUUAUUUUACAACAAACUCUCACACGAGCAUUACAUUUGCUUAAAGCCAAAACAAGCACCUAGAUAUGGGUACAUCAGUGCAAAAACACGAAAAUACACAACAAAAAAAUCUAAAAAGCAAACCUCAUAUGUGUACAGAUGGAAAAAACUGACCAAUGUAUGCUGAUGAAAAGGGAAGCCGGUAGGCUGUUGACAGUAAAUUGCACAGGAUCAGAUUUUUGUUGCAUAUGCUCGAUUUGUGUCACUUUAUGCCAGUAGGCCUGCAUUUGUCCAUGGUACCUUGUUUACACUUUCUAUCCAUUUGUUAACUUUCUUGCUCAGCAAUAGGUUGAAUUUCCUCUGCUUUUUGAAAAUGUGAAAACUGUAACCAUAUUUUGGUUGUUUUAUCAGCUAUUCUCAGAACAGAAUGACCGAAAUGAAGACAGUAACAGUUAUUUGAGUGUUGUCCACAUUAAGUCACAUGCUUAGUCCAUAUAUUCACUGUCUUCUUUUUUCCUUUGAUUUAUCCUACGCAUUUUAUCUAGCAAAUAAUAUUAUUGCAUAUCCUGUGUGCUGCCAUGGUUUUAGCCUUUUAGUGUUCUCAGGGAACUGGGUUAAUGGAGAUGUACCAGCGAUAUCAGUCACACUGCCACAGGCAGCGCAGUGUGUUUAAUUCGGAGACUAUUGUGCGGUACAGUAGUUCCAUAUUGCAGUGAAGCCUGUACAGCUCUUGUCUGAGUGGACCAGAAGGCUUCAUCUUAGUCUCUUGUGCCAAGCUUAAGAAAAGCAGAGGGUAGAGCAGACCUCUUGCCUUCCCGAACCAUUGUGAAGAGGUACAUGUGUUUAAUCCAUGUUUAAUUUUAACUGGAUUGCGGGUGUUACUUAACAGAUUUGUUUAUGAAUGUAUUUCUUUCUUUCUUUCUUUUUUGUAUCUUGUAUUGAGGUGACCAGAAAAAAGGAAAAUGGAUAUGGUCUACCCCACUUCUUCUUUAAUGUUCAAGGAUUUUAAAUGAGGUUUAUGGCCAGCUUACAUUCAAAUGCUUGUGGUCGUUAUUAAUGAUACCCUCUCCCAUUGUUAAUUGGAAUUAAACAAAACUGUUCACUUGAUAGAUGUGGCUGUUUUUAGUGAAAUUGUUCCUUUCAGUACCACAUUGCCUUAUUACAACACUGAGUAAAGUAUGUAGCAGUAUGUCAAUGUGAUCACACAUGCACACGCUCACGGAAAAUUGACUUGAGUAAAAAGAAGAGUAAACAACUGUAAAAAGACUGGAAUAGUGUGAUAGGAAAUGUGUGUAUCGACAUAUUGUGAAUUACCACUGUAUAUUGUUAUAAAAGUUCCAGUGCAGCACUUGUGUGAAUCCUGAGCCACCGUUUUUAUUUUGUCUUGUUUGUAUUCUUUACUCUCAAACAUUUGUGGCGAUAUUUGUCAUGCCCAGUUUGAAACCCAUUUGUUUUUAGUCAAUAAGAUGUAAAAAAUUUUGACAUGGCGGUGUCCAGCGUCACUGCUAUGUUUAAAUCUUUGAUCUUGCCUGCCUACUGAGGGUUUUAAAGAUAAGAAUCUGGUAAGUGGUACAGUCUGAGAUGUUUUAUGAACCACUUAUGCUGAAAUAAAUGUGGAGAACUU